AUGGUUUGCUAUUGGGCAUACGUUUUCUUUGUAUAUUAUUUGCGUCAAGUGGAAAUCGUAGAACUCCAGUUGAUAGAUGGAGGUGGUAUUUUGCAGUUUGAUAGAUCAAGUGUUCGUGUUGUCCCUUACGACGCAGAGCAUGGUGGCCGUGCCUGUUCCAAUUUUUCAGCCAUCUUUGUAGAUGAAGGUCCUAAGAUGUGUCCAGACAUACUGGAAUUGCUCCUUAAGUUCCGUCAAAAUCGAAUUGCGUUUACAGCUGACAUCGAACAAGCAUUCUUGCAGAUUUCUCUUGCUGAUGAAGACAGAAACGCAGUCAAGUUUCUAUGGAACGAUGGUGAAUUAAAUGGAACCAAAAUAAAGGCUCUUCGUAUGACAAGGUAUAACGUUACAUGGAUUAGAAGUGAUGUGAAAAGGUGGAAGCCAUUCGUUCAGAACAGAGUGAAGGAAAUACAGAAGAAUUCAGAUGUCUUGAACUGGAGAUAUACGCCUGGUGAACAUAAUCCAGCUGAUUUACUAACUAGAGGUGAAAAUGUCAAACAUCUGAAGCAGAAUAGCAUAUGGUGGGAAGGGCCCACGUGGUUGAAAGAAGAAAUGGAACACUGGCCAAAACCGAAUUUAUGUUCCACAAAGAACAUUGAAGAUUCCAACAAGGAACUAAGAAAAACAUCAAAGGAAGUUUUCGUAAAUGCAUGCGUUACCGAACCUUCCGAAGAUUUAUUUAAAACCCAAAAUUACAGCAAUUUACACAGAAUUUACCGAAUUACUGCGUGGUGCUUAAGGUUCAUCAACAAUAUUAAAAAUACCUCGAAAUUAUCAGGAUGUUUGCAGGUUACCGAAUUGGAAAUGGCAGAAACUUAUUGGAUCAAACGUGUUCAGGAGCGAAAUUUUACAAAUGAAAUACGGGCAUUGAAGAACAACGAUGAAUUAAGUUCAGAAUCAAAACUAAGGUCCCUCAAUCCAUUUGUAGACGAAAGUGGUGUAAUUCGUGUUGGUGGACGAUUAGAAAAUUCAAAUUUGGAUUACAAACAAGCACAUCCAAUCGUGUUGCCCGACAAAGAUCACUUGACUGAUCUAAUUAUUCUUCACAGUCAUCAGGUGGUAGGGCACGGAGGAAUAGCAGAUACUUUAAAUCAGAUAAGAGACAAAUUUUGGUUGCUGAAGGCUCGUCGAAAAAUUAAAAGUGUUCUGUACAAUUGCAAUGUCUGCAUCUGCAAGAUAUUUCGAACUAAACCAGUGUCAUGCAAGAUAUGGCACCUCUCCCACCAGACAGAUGCCGAGAAGCCUUUCCGUUUGAAAACUCCGGGAUAG